AAUAAUUUGUAUACUACUCCGUAAAAUAAAUUACGGAGUAUCAUACUUAUUUAAUCUUAGUUUAAUUCAAAAAAAUUACCAUGGACUUAAAACGAGUCAUUUUAUUUGGUGAUGGAGUACCCUUGAUUCAGUUGUGCGGUUGGUUUCCAUUUUCUGUCUGUCAUGUUCGACAAGCUCUGAAGCCGCUUGGGAUAGGGCCGCCGCCUCAGCCGCCGCGCAUCCACCAAACCGCCGCCCGGACAUAUUAAUACCCGCCUGCUGUUGCAGAACCGCGACGGACAACUCAAUAAUGCGGCCAAUGGUUAGGUCAGGGUGCCAAAAUGCCAAAAGCUUGAUCUCCCCAUCGCCCACCAAGAGCAAUAAUAACAAUAACCUCUUCUUCUUCCUCUUAUACUCCACCUCCACCGCCGGCGCCACCAGAGCCGCGGCCGUCGAGUCGUUAUCUUCAUCCCAUCCGUACACUCUUUUUUCGCACGAGUGCCUUCAUUCAUCAGCUCCCCUCUCCAAUCCUACUCAAACGUCAAAUACCUGCGAAUUUCACACAAAGGACGUGGUUUUGUCGUUCAAAGAUUGGUUCCUGAGCAGGGAGAACACGAAUUUCGACCGAAUCUACGAUAUCUUACGAACUAAAGACGAACCAUCGGCCGAUUUAGCUUUGAGCCGCUUCAAUCUCCGUCUGUCGGAAACGUUAGUUCUAGGUAUUUUGAACCACGAGAAGGGUCGAGAUGUGCUAUCCUGCUUGAAAUUCUUUGAUUGGGCGGGUCGCCAGCCAGGGUUCUUCCAUACCCAGGCCACGUUCGCUGCCAUUUUCAAGAUUCUCUCGAAAGCCAAGCUCAAUAACUUGAUGCUUGAGUUCUUGGAGAAUCAUGGCAAUCAGAGAUAUGUCCACAGAUUAAGAUUCCACAACACUUUGGUCAUUGGGUACUCCAUUGCAGGGAAACCCGAUCUCGCACUCCAGGUGUUCGGCAAAAUGCGAUUUAGUGGCACCAAUUUAGACUACUUUGCUUAUCAUGUCCUUCUCAAUGCGUUAGUGGAUGAUGAGUUCUAUGAUGCUUUUGAGAUGAUUCUAAAGGAGAUAAAGACCAACGGAUUCCAGAAUGCAGUCACCAAUUCGAUAUUCAUGAAGAGUCUAUGUAAGAGGCGUGAGCUGGACAAGGCCGAAGCUUUUGUUAGGGGUUUGUUAGGAGAUGGUGGGGUUGGGUUGAAUGGGGUUGUAGUGGCCACUGUUGUGGAUGCUCUUUCAAAGGAAAGACAUUUUGAGAGGGCUGGAUUGUUGCUGGAAGAGUUUCGCAAGUCUGGUUUGGUCUACAUGGAUCAUGCUUACAGUGCGUGGAUUAAUAACCUUGUCAGGGCAGGAAAGCUGGAUGGAGCUUUAGAGUUUUUGAAAGAACGAAAUAUGGUAGAUGGGCAUAUUCCUCUUUAUUUCCGAUAUAACACUUUAUUGUGUAGGCUUUUAAGGGAGAACAGACUUGAAGAGGUUUAUGAUUGGUUAUUGGAGAUGAAAGACCAAGGUAUAUCUCCAGAUGAGGUCACCAUGAAUGUCACUUUAUGUUUCUUGUGCAAAGUGGGAAUGGUUGAAGUCGCCCUUGAACUGUAUGAUGCAAGAGCAGAGUUUCAUCUCUCUGUCAACAGUAUGGCUUAUAACUAUCUCAUAAACACUCUAAUGGGUGAUGCAAGCAAUGAUGACGCCUCCCGUGUGCUGAGGAAUGCAAUCGAACAAGGUUAUUUUCCAGGCAGAAGGACACUAUCCAUCAUUGCAAAUUCUCUUUGUAAAGAGGGGAAGCUCGACAGGGUAAAUGAGUUGAUUGUUGCUGCUCUUGACCACAAUCAUACCCCCAGUGACAUGAUGUAUAACAGGUUCGUAUCAGCUUUAUGUAGAUCAAACCGAGUUCAAGAUGGGUUCUUGCUACACGAGCAACUCAGCCGGAUGUUGCUACCCGUCUUGGACUGCAUCAAGGAUCCUUAUACAACUAUGGUAUAAAUGGUGAUGUCAACGGUCUUAUAAUGAUGUCCGACAUUGUACUCUAUUCUUCUUCUCAAGAUGAACAAAAUUUUCCUCCAUUACUAAUUCGAGCCAUGGCAUACGGGAUACCUGUUGUUGCAUCUGAUUACCCCGUCAUACGUAAAUAUGUGAGAGAUUUUAUUUGACUUAUUUCUCUUCAUAAUGCUAUUUCAUAAUAAAUUUUGAACGGAUUU